UUGGGUGAAAUAUUAUAACUAAUAAAAAUGUCAAAGACUUCUCGAGAACCUAUCAAAGUAAAGCUCUCUUUCAAUGGAGAAACCAGGAAAAUAUCUUCUGCCCACAGUUUCAAUGAACUCCAUGAUACAAUCUGUCAGAUGUUUGGGCUGCAGCCUGACUCCUUCAGCAUCAAGUACAAAGAUGAUGAAGACCUGAUUACCAUCGACGGCCAGGACUCUUUUCUGAUCGCCAUCGAAGACUUUGACUCUUCUGGCAGCGCCUGUGUGAAGUUCUACAUCUUCGAAGACAACACAGGCGUGGAGUACUCAGUCAUCAAUCAGAGCGAAGUCCAUGGGGCCACAAAGCCUAUCCCCGAUACCUCUGUCGUUGGCAAAAUUGAAGCCAAACAAGAGAACGUCAAUACAGUUUUUGAAAAAUGAAUAACGAAUUCCCACUGAAUUGAAAAGCAGAAUGCCGAGAAAAAAUUAAAAGAAGAUGAUUUGGAGAUAAUAGACAAUUGUCAGAAACCUAGGGUGAAAUCUAUAAAUACUAUCCAAAAUGUCUCAAAAACCAACCAAUUAGAAGAAAGAAAGUCAACUCCAAUAAAUGAGUCUAGAAGAUUUAUUUGAGGGGACGAGAGCAUUCAUCAAAGUUUUUUAUGUGAUGGCUGAGAGAUGAGGCCUAUUGUCGGCCCAAGAUUCAAUUGACUUAUUUGUGAUGACUAUGACUUAUGUCAUAAAUGUAAUAAAACUAAGCAUCAAUGCCAUCCUAUGAUCAAAUUUAAUUCUCAUAAUGAUUUCAUGAGCUUCGUGCUAAACUUAAAAGAUACAUAUAAGCAUAUAAAAGCUAAUAGAAGUGAAGUUGCUAUUGAUUUGGAUGACUCAUCUGAUGUCCUAAUCACAGACAAAGAUUCAUUGAUACCUCCAAUUCAGAAUAAAAUUAAAACAGUCACUGACUAUGAUGGUAAAAUAAUUCAUUCUAAGCCUAAAACUGACCAUACCCUCAAGCCAAAUCAAGAGAGUAUUUGCAUUAAUUUCACUGUUAAAAAUACUGGAAGUCAAGAAUGGCCAUCAGCUUUUAUGAUCUAUCUGCUAAAAUGCUCUGACCCCCUAGUAAAUUCUGCAGACUUCAAAGAGCUAAUAAAAUUCAACCCUGUUUUUGAUGCUAAAGUAAAGCCUGGAAGCUCGACCUCAAUUGAAGUAGUUCUUCAAUUACCCAAAUUCAGUGGAAAAUUAACCUACACAUUUGCGAUGCACACUAUGAACUAUAUAACCUUUGGAGAACCUUUCGAAUUCACACUCAUCAGUAACGAUAAUCCUUCAAAGAAGGUAGCAAAUCCUCAGACCAAGAACCCUCCACAUAGCAAGUUUAUCUGGAGAAUUCAUAAAGAAUAUCUAAGAACAGGCCAAUCUUCUCUAACCUCUUAGUUAGCUAAUUAGACAUAAUAGCUAAUUCAAUC